AUGGCGGAAGUGGAGCAGAAGAAGAAGUGGACUUUCCUCAAGUUCACCUACCACGGCGUGGACCUCAACCAGCUGCUGGACAUGUCCCGUGAGCAGCUGAUGCAGUCGUACAGUGUGAGGCAGUGGCUGAAUCGCGGCCUCCAGAGGAAGCAGCACUCGCUGCUGAAGCGGCUGCACAAGGCCAGGAAGGAGGUGCCGCCCAUGGAGAAGCCUGAGUUGGUGAAGACGCACCUGUGCGACAUGAUCAUCCUGACCGAGAUGGUGGGCAGCAUGGUGGGCGGCUACCAUGGCAAGACCUUCAACCAGGUGGAAAUCAAGCCUGAGAUGACCGGCCACUACCUAGGUGAGUUCUCCAUCACUUACAAGCCCAUGAAGCACAGCUGGCCUGGCACUGGGGCCACCCUCUCCUCCUGCUCAUCCCCCUCAAGUAGCCUGCUGGCCAAUAAAGAUUACCUCCUGACUCCUUGUGAUGAUCUGCAGGAUACUCCUUCGGGUAACACUGACUUCUCAUGGUUCACUGAUGGUUCUUAUAUAAAAGAUGACAAUGGCAAAUAUUGUGCUGGGUAUGCUAUUGCUACUCUUUUUGAUGUUGUUGAGGCAGCAUCUAUACCUAUGGCUAUUUCAGCUCAACAGGCUGAAUUAUAUGCUCUUACACUGGUUUGUAUUUUACCCAAGGACAAAAUUGCCAAUAUUUAUAUUGAUAGUAGAUAUGCUCUUGGAGUAGCUUGUGAUUUUGGAAUGUUGUAG